UGAAUCUUGUUUCUUGUUUCUGCUCUUGCGUCUGAAGUUGCUGUAUAUAUAUAUAUAUAUAUCUCUCCUUUUCUCUCUUCUUGUUUUGCUUUGUUGGUUUCCAAGAAUUCAGCAGCCAUAAUGAGCCCAGCAAAGUUUAAUCACCAACAAAACAUCAUCAAUGGUCUCCGUCCAUCUCCAUUGAAGAUCAACAAAGAAUCCCACCUCAUUCACAAGCUGUCUUCUUCUUCUUCUUCUUCCACGACGUCCAAUUCUUCUCCUCCAUCUGCUUCUGUAAUAGCUCCUGCUGGUGCUGCAGCAGGAGUCAAGCAGGGACGAAAUCAACCGGUUAUUAUCUAUACGCAUUCGCCUAAGGUUAUCCAUACGCAAGCCAGGGAUUUCAUGGCCUUGGUGCAAAAACUCACGGGUCUUUCCAGCUCUAAGAAUGACGAAACCACAAAGGCAACCCAACAAGGGAAAGAGAGCGGUGGCUUUAUUAACAAUAAGGGUUUAACGUGUGUUGGUAGUGAUGAUAAGGAGUCGUCUCCGAUUUCAACUGAUGGGAAUUACGGUGGUGGUGGUGCUGGUGACGUUUCACCGAUUCUUAAUCCGCCGAAAAAUCCUUGCUUUGCUGAUAUCCCACUUUUUACCCCAAAUUCGGUUGAUUUCUUUUGCUCCCCCAGGCCUGUAUAUAGAUAUUCUGACGUGGCUUAUGCAUCGCCAAGCAUUGGGAAUUCGAUAUCUCCUUCUGUAAUGGAGUUCAUGAAAGGGCUACCUGAAUAUUGACGUGAAACAAAGGAUCAAAGUUUUCGCUAGUGAAUUAACGAGUUCCUUGUCCAUAAAUUCUUUUAUAUUGUUUUCUGGAGUCUUCCUUUCCCUUAUCUUUUUUCCAUUUGCAAAUUUAGAGAGAUGGGCAUCCAUCAAAUAAUGUAAAUUUUAUGUUAAUACAAUUCAUUCUUAUAGGCCACAAGAGAAAUUAUUCAAAGCGAUUAUCGUUUUAUCUACAAUGGUUAGAUAUUGAGAGUUAAUCAUGAUAUGAUAUCACUAUUUAAUGCUUAUAAUAAAACUUUUAGUUUUGAUCUUUCUGCUA